CACGAUUGCAUCUGCUAAAACAGACUACAGGACUUAAAAACAAUCAGUCUGAAAUGAAAAGUGCAUGAGAGACGCAUGAGAAAAAGAAAGGGAGAAAUCGAGAGGGAAAGUGAAAGACUGACAGAGAGAGUGAGAGAAAAUGAGAGAGACCCGCGUGGUGGUAUUGCUGUACGUGAGGGUCAUUCUGCUAUUCAUAGCCAAUAGUUUCCUUCAGUGCUGCUUAGGUCAGUUUAACUACAACAACAGACACGCAGAAAGCAUCCAUUAAAAAACAGAAUAUUACAAUAGAGCUAAUACCCACACCCACAGAAGUAACCUAACAACUAGAGCUGCAAGCCAGGACUUGAACAAGCUGAACUGGCAGAGCAAUGCAGGCCCAGGAUCUGAUCCGGCACCUGCGGAUACCUGAGCUGGAUGACUUGAGGCAGUAUGUGCGCAGUUUACCCACCAACACCCUCAUGGGCAUGGGUGCGUUCGCUGCCAUCACCACAUACUGGCUGGCCACCCGUCCCAAAGCACUUAAACCACCCUGUGACCUCCACAUGCAGUCCGUGGAGGUGCAGGGUAGUAGAUAUGCUCGUCGGUCCAUUCUACAGCACGGUGACACAUACAUGACGUACUACUAUAAAGACGCUCAGACAAUGUAUGAGUUUUUCUUACGAGGACUACGAGUGUCAAAUAAUGGUCCUUGUUUGGGAUCACGAAAACCGGGCAAGCCAUAUAAGUGGCUUUUGUAUAAAGAGGUAGCAGACAGGGCAGAGUUCGCAGGUUCAGCAUUACUCCACAGAGGUCACAGUCAAACAGGAGACAAAUACAUUGGCAUCUUUGCUCAGAACAGGCCAGAGUGGACGAUUUCAGAGCUGGCGUGUUACACAUAUUCACUGGUGGCAGUGCCACUGUAUGAUACACUUGGUACAGAGGCCAUCAGCUAUAUCAUUGACAAAGCCACCAUCUCCACUGUGAUCUGUGACAUCCCGGAUAAGGCUCGUUUGAUCCUGGACUGUGUGUCUGGCCGGAAGCACAGUAUCACAACCAUAGUGAUCAUGGGGAACUUUGACCGUGAACUGACUGCACAAGCACAACAGAAAGGCAUUGAGGUCCUGAGCCUCAAGGAGCUGGAGGCUAUUGGCAAAGCCAACCACAAGACACCCAUUCCUCCUAAACCAGAGGACCUGGCACUGAUUUGCUUCACAAGUGGAACUACAGGAAGUCCAAAGGGAGCAAUGCUCACACAUGGAAACGUUGUUUCCAAUUGUUCCGCUUUCAUUAAAAUUACAGAGGGGUUGCUGAAACCUAGUCCUCAGGAUGUUCUCAUCUCCUUCUUGCCGUUAGCGCAUAUGUUUGAAAGAGUUGUAGAGGGUGUGCUUCUGGUCCAUGGGGCCAGGAUUGGAUAUUUUCAGGGUGAUAUCCGUUUCCACACUACUAAUGGGACUCUGAAGAUUAUAGACAGGAAGAAACACAUCUUCAAGCUGGCUCAGGGUGAAUACAUCGCUCCAGAGAAGAUUGAGAACAUCUACAUCCGCAGUGACCCUGUGGCUCAGGUCUUUGUUCAUGGAGACAGUCUGCAGGCAUGUUUAGUGGGUGUUGUGGUUCCUGAUCCAGACUUUCUGCCAAGAUGGGUAAAGAAAAGAGGCAUUGAGGGCUCCUACACUGAAAUGUGCAAAAGCAAGGAACUGAAAAAUGCCAUCUUAGAGGAUAUCAUUCGGCUAGGCAAAGAAGCUGGACUGAAGUCCUUUGAACAGGUGAGAGACAUUGCCCUGCACAUGGAAAUGUUCUCUGUUCAGAAUGGACUCCUCACGCCAACACUGAAAGCAAAGAGAACCGAGCUGAGAAUCCACUUCAGAGAGCAGAUAGACCAGCUCUACGCUAAAAUCAAAAUGUGAACAACUACAGAAAGAGCGAGAGAGAGAGACACCCGUCUACACUGAGGGUGAACUAGAACACCCCAAACAUGCAUACUUGCAAUGUGGUGAUGAUUAUGAAGGAGGUGCUCCAGUUCUGUCAUGCUGUUCCAUCACUCACAUGGUGGGGAGAGAAGGACCACUGCGACUGGUACUUUUGUCAUUUCUACCACUUGAAGGUGCCACAGUCAUCUCUCAGAAGAGGUGAAGUAUGGUCCCACCAGCGAAGCACAUACCAAACAUUUCAUGAGCCCUGCUAUUCAUCUGUGAUGGCAACUGGAAGUGAACCACCCCAAUGCUUUAGGCCAGUGAAUGCCUUGAGUGUAAUAACCCAGAACACACCUGCAAGAUCAUAUAAAACAAAACGACAAAUGCCAAAAAGGUUUCUGAUUUGUAAGCCAUGUGCAGAUAUUUUUCUCAACACAUUUAAAAUAAGAGUGGUUUCCAUUAAACUUCAGUAAAUCGAUAUUUAUCAGUUUACAAUUUAAAUUUAUAUUGUGAGUCACAAUGCUUUUGUUAUGUAACAAACAAAUGGUAUGGUUAUGUGUUUGACAUCUGGUCUAAACAGGUCUUUUCUAUAUCUACAUAAUAGAUUUUCACUGAAAUUGACAGUGAAAUUACAUCACAAAUUGGUUCUUGUUGAUACUCAGAUUCCACUAACAGCACUUUGAAAUCUCGGUACGUCUCAAAUGUGCCUCUCUCCUGGAGAUUAAACCUUGUAUAUAGGUUAUCUAUUUAUGUUUGUACAUCUUUAUUGUAUUCAUGUAAAUUGUGCAAACAAUUAUUUGUAGCAUGUGGGUGUUGAAGAGAGAAAUAAACUGAUGGCA